AUGGCUAUUGCCAAUCAUCUCGUUGACAAUAUUGCUGUAUAUCUUGGAUAUAACAAUCGUACUUUUUCAAGUCCAAUUGAGUGUCCGACAGGUACUGGAUCUAUUCCAUACAUGGUUGCAGUUGGUGACUUGAACAAUGAUGAUAUAUUGGAUAUGGCAGUCGCAAAUUUUGGCACUAAUAACGUCGGUAUAUUUCUUGGACGUGGAAAUGGGUCUUUCGCGAAAGACAGAGAGCUUUCAACUGGUUCAUCUCGUUCGAUAUUCAUUAUUGUAGCUGAUUUCAACAACGACAGACAAGUUGAUAUUGCCACCACCAAUUAUGGAACCCAUAGUAUAAGUAUACUAUAUGGAUAUGGCAAUAGUAACUUUUCGGACCCAUUUACAUACUCAACAGGCUAUGAUUCUUUUCCAUCUUCACUGGCUGCUGGAGAUUUUAAUAAUGACAAACAUUUAGACCUUGCCAUUGCUAAUUAUGGCACUAACAAUGUUGGUGUAUUUCUUGGAAAUGCCAAUGGCACUUUUACAAAUCAAAUAACUUUUUCAACUAGCUUUGGCUCUCACCCACACUCAAUCAGUGUUGGCGAUUUCAAUCACGACACUCUCGAUGAUAUUGCUGUCGCUAAUUAUGGAACUAACAGUAUAGGCGUACUUCUUAGCAAUGGUAACGGAACUUUCACAAACCAAAUUACCUAUUUCAUCGAUUCGUGUUCUCCAUAUUCGAUUAGUGUUGUUGAUUUCAAUCAGGACAAACAACUAGACUUAGUCGUUGCCAAUAAUGGCACAAACAACAUAGCUAUACUUUUUGGUUAUGAAAACGGUACUUUUACAAAUCCAAUGAUGUAUUCAACUGGAGCAGUUUCUUCUAUCUCAUUUGUCAUAGAGGAUUUCAACAAAGACAAUUGGGUAGAUAUUGUCCUUGUUAGCAACGAUACUGGUUCUAUAGAUAUUCUUCUUAGUUAUUACGAGCGCUUUGCAAAUCAAAUGACAUAUUCAGUUGGUUCUUUUCCAUCGUGUGUAGCUAUUGGUGAUUUCAACAAUGACACUCGACUGGAUAUCGUUGUUACCAAUUCUGGUAGCAAUAAUACCAACAUCCUUCUUGGCUAUGGUAACGGUUCUUUUGAAAAUCAGAUGACAUUUCGGACUGGUUCUAAUCCAUAUUAUGUAGCUGUUGCUGAUUUGAACAACGAUACCCGACUCGAUAUCGUUGUUGCCAAUAUGGAUAACAAUGAUGUCAGCGUGCUUCUUGGAUAUGGUAACGGUUCUUUUUCAAAUCAAAUGACAUAUUCUACUGGCUAUGGUCCAUCUUCUGUAGCUGUUGCUGAUUUCAACAACGAUACCCGAGUUGAUAUUGUUGUCACCAAUGUACACAGCAAUGAUGUCAGUGUCCUUCUUGGACAUGGUAAUGGCUCUUUUGCAAAUCAAACAAGGUAUUCGACUGGCGCUUAUCCAUUCUAUGUAGCUGUUAGUGAUUUCAACAAUGAUAGUCGACUGGAUAUCGUUGUUACCAAUGUGUAUAGCAAUGAUGUCAGUAUCCUUCUUGGACAUGGUAACGGUUCUUUUGCAAACCAAACGACAUAUCCAACUGGUUCUAAUCCAUACUCGGUAGCUGUCGGUGAUUUAAACAACGACACUCGACUCGAUAUUGUUGUCGUCAAUUACGCUAGUAAUGAUAUCAAUGUCCUUCUUGGAUACGACAAUGGUUCUUUUGGGAAUCAGAUGACAUAUUCAACUGGCUCUCGUCCACAAUCUGUAGCUGUUGGUGAUUUCAAUAACGACAGUCGGUUAGAUAUAGUUGUCGCCAAUUACGGUAGCAACGAUGUGAACGUCCUUCUUGGAUAUGGUAAUGGUUCUUUUGGAAACCGAAUGACCUAUUCAACUGGUUCUGGUUCAGGAUCUGUAGCUGUUGGCGAUUUUAACAACGACAACCGACUUGAUAUCGUUGCUGCCAAUUACUAUAGCAAUAAUAUAAGUGUAUUGCUUCAACAUAAUAGAGUAACUCUGGUGAACGAAACGACUCUAGCAUCUGGUGGUGGUUCUCGUCUACGAUAUGUUGCUGUCGCGGAUGUGAACAAUGACACUAAAUUGGAUAUCACCGUUGCUAACUACGGCACUAAUACUGUAGGUGUCCUUCUUGGAAGUGGAAAUGGCACUUUCAGCAGCCAAAUGAUGCUCAAUACUGGUUCAAAUUCUCAUCCAACUUUUAUCGUCAUGGGUGAUUACAAUGGUGAUACUCAAUUGGAUAUUGCUGCUGGCAAUUAUGGUUCGAAGAACAUAGAUAUACUGCUUGGAGAUGGACAGGGAACAUUUGCAAUUCAAACAACUAACGGAAUUCGUUUCAUUUCCACUCCGUCUGUUGCUGUUUCAGGUGAUUUCAAUUAUGACAAACAAUCGGAGAUUGUUGUCACAUAUGAUGACAGUGAUAAUGUAGAUGUCAUUGUUGCAUACAACGUUGGAACUUUUGCAAAUCAAAUGAAGUAUUCAACUGGCUAUGGUCCAUACUCUAUAGCUGUUGGUGAUUUCAACAACGACACUCGACUAGAUAUUGUUACCGCCAAUUCCGGUAGCAACAAUGUCAGUGUCCUUCUUGGAUAUGGUAACGGUUCUUUUGCAAAUCCAAUGACGUAUUCAGCUGGAUCUUAUCCAACGUCUGUAGUUGUUGCUGAUUUCAACAAUGAUACUCGACUGGAUAUCAUUGUCGCCAAUUACGGUAGCAAUAAUGUGAGCGUUCUUCUUGGACAUGGUAAUGGCUCUUUUGCAAAUCAAAUGACAUAUUUAGCUGGUUCUUAUCCAUUCUCUAUAGCUGUUGGUGAUUUCAACAACGAUAUAAGAGUGGAUAUCGUUGUCGCCAACUCAUAUAGUAAUGAUGUGAGUGUAUUUCUUGGAUAUGGUAAUGGGUCUUUUACAAAUCAGAUUAAAUAUGCAACUGGCUCUUCUCCGUCGUCUGUAGUUAUUGCUGAUUUCAAUAAUGACACUCGAUUAGACAUUGUUACCGCCAAUUGGGACAGUAAUGAUAUUAGUGUCCUUCUUGGAUAUGGAAAUGGUUCUUUUGGAAAUCAAAUGACAUAUGUAGCUGGUUCUAAUCCAUACUCUGUAGUUGUUGGUGAUUUCAACAACGACACUCGACUAGAUAUCAUUAUCGCUAAUUACGGUAGCAGUGAUGCCAGUAUUUUUUUCGGAUAUGGAAAUGGCUCUUUUACCAAUCAAACAACAUAUUCAACUGGAUCUGGUUCUGAUCCAUCAUCUAUAGCUGUUGUUGAUUUGAACAACGACACUCAACUCGAUAUUGUUGUUGCCAAUUAUGGUGGCAAUGAUGUCCGUAUUCUUCUUGGAUUUGACAAUGAUUCUUUUAGGAAUCAGAUGACAUAUUCCACUGGUUCGUCUCCAUCGUCUGUAGCUGUUGGUGAUUUCAAUAACGACAAUCGACUGGAUAUUGUUGUUGCCAAUUAUGGUAGCAAUGAUGUAAGUCUACUUCUUGGUUAUACCAAUAUAGUUUUCAUUAAUAAAACGACAUUAAUAACUGGUAAUGGUUGCCGACCACGAUCAUUAGCCAUUGGUGAUUUUAACAAUGAUAACCGAAUGGAUAUCGCCGUUGCCAAUUUGGGUACACACAAUAUUGGUAUUUUUCUUGGAUACGGUAAUAUCUCAUUUGCAAAUCAAGUGACAUAUUCAACUGGCCUAUCUUCGUUUCCAUACUCUAUAGCUGUUCAUGACUUCAACAAUGAUAGUCGACUUGAUAUUGUCGUUGCUAAUUAUGGUUCUAAUAAUGUAGGUAUUUUUCUCGGAUAUGGCAAUGGCUCUUUUACAAAUCAAACGACAUAUCCAACGGGCUCUAAUUCUGACCCAUAUUCUGUAGCUGUUGAUGAUUUUAACAACGAUACCAUACCAGACAUUGUUGUCGCUAAUCAUGGCACUAAUAAUCUUGGUGUAUUUCUUGGAUAUGGUAAUGGCGCAUUCGCAAUAUAUACAUCAAUUCCUGAUCCAUUAGUUAUAUCAGGUGACACUAUUCAAAAAUUAGCAAUUGAUCGAAUAAAAUCAUUGAUAACCCAUAUUCUUCAUCUAUUAUUCUAUGUUCAAUAUGGUUUGGACGAAAAAGAAAUUCUUGAUUCAUUUUUAUUAAGUCCAUUUACUUAUCGACAAUAA